CAAAGCUUCACUAAAAAAGCAUCAGGCCAUCCACAUGGGAGAGAGACCGUUCAGCUGUGAAGACUGUGGAAAGUCUUUUACCAAGUCUAGAGACUUGAAAAGACACCAACUCAUCCACACUGGAGAGACACCAUUCAGCUGUGAAGACUGUGGAAAGUCUUUUACCAAGUCUAGAGACUUGAAAAGACACCAACUCAUCCACACUGGAGAGACACCGUUCAGCUGUGAAGACUGUGGAAAGUCUUUUACGCAGUCUGCAAACUUAAAAAAGCACCAACUCAUCCACACUGGAGAGAGACCGUUCAGCUGUGGAGACUGUGGAAAGUCUUUUACGCAGAUGUCAAACUUAAAAAAACACCAAAUCAUCCACACUGGAGAGAGACCGUUCAGCUGUGACGAGUGCGGCAGGUCUUUUACCCAGUCUGCAAGCCUAGUAAAACACCAAACCAUCCACACUGGACAGAGACCAUUCAGUUGUAAAUUCUGUGGAAAGUGUUUUCCCUCAGCUUCAAGCUCAAAAAGACACCAGAUCAUCCACAGUGGAGUUAAAGCGUACACCUGUGAUCAGUGUGGCAAAGCUUUUACUCAGCGUAGUGGCUUACAGAGUCAUCUAGUUACCCACUCUGGAAUUAAGGCGUACACCUGUGAUCAGUGUGGCAAAGCUUUUACUCAGCGUAGUGGUUUACAGAGUCAUCUAGUUACCCACUCUGGAAUCAGAGCAUACAGCUGUGACAUUUGUGGAAAAACUUUCAAUCAUCAAUGGAAUCUGAAAAAACAUCAACAUAGACACAAUAGAGAAGAAAUGAACUAUUGCCAAGAAUGUGGGAGAGGUUUCACGACAUCAAAUGACUUAAAACGACAUGAACUCAUUCACAGUGGGGUUAAAAAGCACCUCUGUGACCAGUGUGGGUCGUCCUUCACCACUGUGAGUCACCUUAAAAGACACAAAAGAGUCCACACAGGAGAGAAACCAUACAAGUGCAGACACUGAGAAAAAAGUUUCUCGCAAACGA